GUAUAUCUUUAAAGAUAUACAGAACAAGAAAAGUCCUUAGAGGACUUCCAAUGAGGUGGAGACAUGUUAAGGUCUUCAAACAAAAGCGUCUAGCAGCAAAGGCUGCUAUGAAAAACUAUAAUGAGAUUAACUCAACAAGAUUUGAGUAUUUCAAAGAAAGGGCAAAAAAGACUAAGAAGUUGAUUCAGAAAGAUAGAUUGAAACUCUGGGCUUUAAGAGGAAUCGAGUUCUUCAAGAGAAAUCGAUCAAGAGAGUUUUGGCAAUGGCUGAAGAAUAGUAAGACUGGGUCUAUUAAAUUAGAUCAAGUAUCUCUUAGAGGGCGCUACUUCAUCUUUACACCCACUUCUUCGAAUAACUACGUAUAG